AUGGGAAUAACUUGUUCAUCAUAACGAAAAUCAACAUCAUAAGUCAGUUUCCAAAACUAAAAUUCUAAUGAGUAAAAUGGUUAAAGUAAAAAUAUUUCAUAAAUAAAUGAAAACGACUAAAAAAUCAUUAACAAUGGGAUUUCUUAUUUCUUAAGAAGAAUAGAUUAAUUUAAUAAGUAAGAUUAACCACAUGAAACUAAAUAACUAAUUUCAUUCUUUGAAAAAUAGUAAUAAUGGUUAGAGUGGAAAUUAGAAUGUGAUAUUGCCUUCAUUAUUGAUUUAACAACAAAAAAUGACAAAAAAAGGAUUAGAUUAUUAAAGGAACUAUUAGCUGAUAAAGAGAGACAUUAGUCUAGAUUUGGUAUUAUAUAUCUCGGAAAUGAUAAAGCUUAAUUCGAUUUAAUAGAUGACUCUUAAGAAACAACUUAUAAUCUGUAAAAAUAACUAUAAAAUCUCAAAUUAGAUGAUUGGAUAAACAUUUUUAAGGCUUUAAGAGCGCAUAUAAUUUUCAAUAAAGAAUAAAUCUUACCUUCAAUUUAUAUAUUAAGUGAAAAUUAAUAAUCCUAAAAUGAUGAUUCAAUAUUAGAAGUAGUUGAUCAUUUAUUAGAGGAUACUUGUUAAAAACAUUCUCUUAAUUUUCAUUGUAAUAGUUACAAGUUAGAAGAUAAAGAGUUUUAUAGUGAAUAAGAACUAAAAUUAUGA